AUGAGAGCAUAUUUAAUUGUCAUCUUAAUUGCGACGAUUUUGGAGUGUUUAUGUACAAAUUCGACUGAUAUUUGUCCCAACAUAAAGACCUCGUUAGGAUCUGUGAGGAAGCGAAGACAUUUGACGUUUCCUGAUGGAAGUAAUUUUGUUCUCACGAUCUCGUUGGUAAAAGCGUUCAUGACUCACGCCCCGGCUGGUUGGAACAUAGUUUUGGAGGUAGACGUUCUCUUUCCUCUUCCUGAUGCCAAGUUUACCAGUGCUUAUUUUAGGAGGAAAUUACACCAUCGACAGAAGAGAGAUUUCUGGGAAAGACUUCAAAAUGCUAUAGAUUUGCACAAUUUAAAUGGUCGAGCAUGUGUCAUAAGGAGUAUAUGUGAAGCUAAAUCACACCUUGCUCCACCAGGAAAGUCUUUGGUCCACGAUUUAUUAAGGGCUAUAUUUACAGCUCCCGUUCAUGAAGAAGACUUUACAAAUGAGGUAGCGGAUUCGUACAGGGAGAUACUGGAACCGAACUUCUGCGAUCAAGUCAACGAUUGUCCGUUUUCCCUUUUACAUUUUACUUUAUCAAUGAAUAAACAAAAAUAUUAA